AUGGGUAACGAGCAAAGUUCGAGUGGAACUUCCCCUCAAGCUUCUACGAAUUCGACAUUUUCAUUUUUAUCAGGAAAAGGGAAUUCGAAAAAAUCCAAAGGUAUCGUCGUGGUAAGCGGAGGUAACGCUAAGGUUGAAACGCUAGAUGAUGACGAGGUAUACAAACGAUUCAAGGAGAUUCCUCGUUUUUUGCCGAUUCUUCGUCAUGCUAUUGGUAAGAAAGAUAUUCCUCAGAGUGAAAUUCCGCAUAAAGUUAACAGCCGGCCGCUAUUUCGGAUGGCGACACGUUUCCAACAACAUUUAAAGAUUUGUGCUACUACAAUAGCAGCAGAUCAAAGUCAUAUAAAUCAGCUUGUAAAAUCGGUCAGUAUUUUAAUUAUCGCGUCAUUUGAAGGAAUUUUAUGCCAGUAA